GAAUUGUGCGGUCAUCUAUGCUCAUGCUCAUGCUCAAUGUAAACGUGUGAUAUAGAAAGGUACACUCCCGAUCAAAAGUUUGGGGUCCCCCUCAAAAACAUGUCAUUUGUUUAGGCCCAUAUCUCCGCCCCGGGGGUGGAAGCUCAGGUAAAAUCAGUGUGUAAAAAAUUCGAAGGUUGAAAGUGAAGAUUGACAUUCUCAUUUUUUCAUUCGUGUUUGGCCACAUUCAUUGUCAGCUGAAUGCCUCUCGUUUUUCAUUCAAUUCUCUGUCACGAAUAUUUUUUCGGACGUCGUAAAAUGUCCUAUUUCUGUUAACAGACGCACAAUCCGACUUAAUGGACAAAUAGAUUAGUUAAUUAGUAUUGCAAUUAACUACUAUACACAAGUUUUGAGGUGAUUGGAAGAAUAAUCGGGAGCUACGGUCUAGUUGUAUUUCUCAGUGAAAAUUGUCAGUGACAGAAAAAUGAAUGAAUAAGUGAGAAAAUUCAUUCACCAAAAUGAAGUUUAUUUUGAUCCCUCAGUUGCAAAUCUUCAAUAUUCACGUUGAAUUUCAUUCACUGAAAAUGAAAAUUUUUAACUCUGGGUAAAAUAUUAUCUCGCCCAUUAAAAACACCACCCCCGGCGAGGACUGGCGCUUGAGCCUAGCUAUUUAGCAUUGUAGUUGGAGGAAACGCCAAUGCAGAACCCGAAGCUUCCGGGAAGGUAAGCCCAGCUCCCUGGGUUAGUGGGUUGGUGUCAGGCCUUGCGAGCCAGCCGUAAAAAGACUAGCACCGGAAAAUCAACAAGAGGAGAAUGCGAACCGAUACCAAUGGCGACGACCACAGCGACGAAAAGGGACUUGCGAUUGGAAGCUCGGUGCAGGUUGAGGAUCAAGGGCAGAUUCUUCAACAUUAGCAUAAUAAACGUGCACAGCCCUCACUCCGGAAGCACUGAUGAUGAUAAAGACGCAUUUAACGCGCAGCUCGAACGCGAGUACGACCGCUGCUCAAACCACGACGUCAAGAUCAUCAUAGGGGAUCUAAACGCUCAGGUAGGCCAGGAGGAGGAAUUCAGACCGACGAUUGGAAAGUUCAGCUGACGAACAAAAAUGGCCUACGCCUCAUCGAUUUCGCCGCCUCCAAGAACAUGGCCAUUCGUAGCACCUUCUUCCAGCACAGCCUCCCGUAUCGUUACACCUGGAGAUCACCACAGCAAACGGAAUCGCAAAUCGACCACGUUCUGAUUGAUGGACGGCACUUCUCCGACAUUAUCGACGUCAGGACCUAUCGUGGCGCUAAUAUCGACUCUGAUCACUACCUGAUGAUGGUUAAACUGCGCCCAAAACUCUCCGUUAUUAACAACGUACAUUACCGGCGGCCGCCCCGAUACGAUCUAGAGCGACUGAAGCAACCGGAUGUCGCCACCACAUACGCGCAGAAUCUCGAGGCAGCGUUGCCGGACGAGGGUGUGCUCGAUGUGGCUCCUCUAGAGGACUGCUGGAAUACAGUCAAAGCAGCCAUCAACAACGCAGCCGAGAGCACUAUCGGGUACGCAGAAUGGAGUCGACGAAACGAUUGGUUCGACGAGGAGUGCAGAGCGGUUCUGGAGAAGAAGGAUGCAGCGCGAGCGGUAAUGUUGCAGCAUGGAACCCGACAGAAGGUGGAGCGAUACAGACAGAAGCGGAAGCAGCAGACCCGUCUCUUCCGGGAGAAAAAGCGCCGCCUGGAAGAAGCGGAGUGCGAGAAAAUGGAAAUCCUGUGCCGUUCACAGGAAACACGCAAGUUCUACCAGAAGCUCAACGCAAAGGCUACGUGCCGCAAGCCGAAAUCUGCAGGGAUAAGGAAGGGAGCCUCCUGACGGACAAACGUAAGGUGAUCGAAAGGUGGAAGCAGCACUUCGACGAGCACCUGAAUGGCGAAGAGAAUGUAGGCACGAAGGACCAAGGCAGCGGAGGAAAUGACUAUGUUGGUGCAGCAGAGGACGAGAACGAACCAACUCCCACGCUGAGGGAAGCUAAGGAUGCCAUCCACCAGCUCAAAAACAACUAAGCGGCUGGUAAAGACGGUAUCGCAGCAGAACUCAUCAAGAAGGGCCCGGAAAAGUUGGUCACUUGUCUGCACCAGUUAGUAGUCAAGAUCUGGGAAACCGAACAGCUACCGGAGGAGUGGAAGGAAGGGAUAAUCUGUCCCAUCCACAAGAAAGGCAACAAGUUAAUGUGUGAGAACUUUCGAGCGAUCACCAUUUUGAAUGCCGCCUACAAAGUGCUAUCCCAGAUCAUCUUCCGUCGUCUUUCACCUAAGGUAAAUGAGUUCGUGGGAAGUUACCAAGCCGGUUUCAUCGACGGCCGGUCGACAACGGACCAGAUUUUCACCGUACGGCAAAUCCUCCAGAAAUGCCGAGAAUACCAGGUCCCAACGCAUCACCUGUUCAUCGACUUCAAAGCGGCAUACGAUCGUCGACAGUCGACAGUAUCGACCGCAUAGAGCUAUGGAAAAUUAUGGACGAGAACAGCUUUCCCGGGAAGCUGACUAGACUGAUAAGAGCAACGAUGGACGGUGUGCAGAACAGCGUAAGGAUUUCGGGUGAACUAUCUAGUUCAUUUGAAUCUCGACGGGGACUACGACAAGGUGAUGGACUACCUACUAUUCAACAUCGCCUUGGAAGGUGUUAUGCGACGAGCCGGGCUCAACAGCCGGGGUACGAUCUUCACGAAAUCCAGCCAAUUUGUCUGUUUUGCGGAUGACAUGGAUAUUAUUGCUAGAAUAUUUGGAACGGUGGCAGAACAGUACACCUGCCUGAAACGUGAAGCAGCAAAGGUCGGACUGGUGGUGAAUGCGGCUAAGACAAAGUACAUGCUGGUAGGUGGGACUGAGCGAGACAGGACAAGCCUUGGCAGCAAUGUUACGAUAGACGGGGAUACUUUCGAGGUGGUAGAAGAAUUCGUCUACCUCGGUUCCUUGCUAACGGCUCGUGGAAGUCGUGCCUACUAUGGGCUCCAGAAGAAACUGCGGUCAAAAAAGAUUCACCCCCGCACCAAAUGUACCAUGUACAAGACGCUGAUAAUUCUCUACGGACACGAGACAUGGACGAUGCUCGAGGAGGACCUUCAAGCACUCGGAGUUUUCGAGCGACGCAUGCUAAGGACGAUCUUUGGCGGCAUGCAUGAGAACGGUGUGUGGCGGAGAAGGAUGAACCACGAGCUCGCUGCACUCUACGAUGAACCCAACAUCCUGAAAGUGCCUAAAGCUGGACGGAUACGGUGGGCAGGGCAUGUUGCAAGAAUGCCAGACAACAGCCCUGCAAAGUUGAUGUUUGCUAACCAUCCGGUUGGUACAAGAAGGCGUGGAGCGCAGAGAGCACGAUGGGCGGACCAGGUGGAACGUGAUCUGGCGAGUGUUGGGCGUGACCGACGUUGGAGAGCUGCAGCUGCAAAUCGAGUAUUAUGGCGGCAAAUUGUUGAUUCAGUAUUAUCACGAAUUUGAUGUUAACUAAAUCAAUGAAAUGUCAGUUAUCCGCAGAAUUAGAGGUACAAAACUGAUUGAACUCAUUCGAAGAGGGUAUUCUGCUUAGAGGGUUCGGAAAGUCGGUACAAGGAUUCCACUAUUAAUUUCUGGAGAAAUUUUAACUGCCUUCCUGAAGAAAUCCCAACAGAGAUUCCCAAAAACAUCUCAAGAGGAUAUAUAGUAAGUAUUCUAGUGGAAUUUACCAAGAAAUUUAAGAGGAAUGCUGAAAGAAUCCAUCAAAUGAAUUUCUGGAGGAAUGCGUAGAGAAAUUACAGCAGGAAUUGCUAUAGAAAUCAAAUCAAAAAUACUUGGAAGAAUACAGACAAAAGUUUCAAGAGGUAAUCCUAAAAGAAUUCUUGGAUGAAUUCCAAUAAGAAACUAUACAUAUGUACGAGCAUACUGUAAAAAGUAUAUACACAUCCGUAGAAUAUUCGCUGAACGGCGAAAGCUUGAGUUCGUUUUCGUUAACUUACCGGCACGGGCUACCGCACGGACGGGAGGUGAUCUAAAGUUGGAUGCAGUAUUUUGAUGAGCACCUAAACGGCGUGAAAAAUGCAAGCACGGAAAUGGAGUAAACGUCUACGUCAGUGCAGCAGAGGUCGGAAAUGAGUGAACUCCCACGUUAAGGGAAGUUAAGGGUGCUAUUCACCAGCUCAAAACCAAUAAAAACAAUUGGUAAAGAUAGUAUCGAAAAUGAACUCAUCAAGUCAGGAUCAGGGUAACCGUCAGCUACUUGAGGAGUGAAAAGGAAGGGUAAUCUGCCGCAUUCACAAGAAAGGCGGCCAUUUCGAAUAUGAGAUCAUCAGAGCGAUCCCUAUUUUGAAUGCGUAUUAUCCUAGUUCUUUUAUCCCACAUAGCCAAAAUGAUAAACGCACGGGUGUUCAGCGAGACCAUGUAAGAGUGACGGGUUUGAUUCCCGCUUGGUCUAGGACCUUUACGCAAAGAAAAUUUCCUUAACUCCCUUUUGCACAGAGUAUCCACGUGCUUGCCACACGAUAUACACAUGCGAAGUGAUUAUUAGCAAGGUCAUUGUUAGGAAAUUCUCAGUUAAUAACACGUGAAAGUGUUCAUAUCUAGAACACACUGAAUUAAGAAUGGCUUUAUUAUAAUGCGGGCAUUACGACAAGAAGAAGAUAUAAAUAUUAGAGUGGGUCAUCGUUUAUAGGAAAAAUGAAAAAUUUAAUGGUAUCCCAUCAGAUCAAAGUUUUUUUGAUCCCAUUUCAGGACCCAAAUAAGUGUGCAAAAUUUGGGAACGAUCGGUUAUGCCUACAUGGGAAAACACACUUUUUUUGCAUUUCUCUCAUAACAAGCUCGAAUUUUUCUAAAACCGUGUAACCGAUAAAAUGAAAACAUAGCCUAUGGUGUCCUGAGAAAUUUUGUCGAAGACCGCGAAGUGAUCUGAUGCUUAUGAAAAAAGUUAUAGCGUUGGCAUUGCUUGGCGAAACAGCAUGAUUUUAUUGCUAUUGUUAAUCCUUUACAUGUUAAAACAUAAGCACAUGCAUGCGGUUCGUUGGUUAUAACUAUUUUCACAAGCAUCGCAUCGCUUUGCGGUCUUCAACAAAGUUUUUCAGAACAUCCUAGUUUAUCAUUUUACAGUAUUGGCUUAAAACUUUCAGACAAACUUUUUCAACUUAUGGCUAAAAUGCCAAAAAGUAUUUUUACCCAUACAAAAUCCCAUACAAAUUUUAAUUGCAAUGCGCAAAGUGUAGACGCAACCGAUCGUGCUCAAAUUUUGCACAGAUACUCAGAACCCGAAACGGAACUAAAAAAGCUUUGAUUUGCGAAAACGGUUCCGAUGACCCACGCUAAUAAAUAUAUUGAACUGAAUAAAUUAAAUAUACUCAAAAAAUUUAAAAAAAUGACGAAAUUUUUAAUUUCUAUAGAAAUAAUUUUUAAGCACACAAUAAAUAAAUCGAAAAAAGUUUUCUUAGUUUUAGUAUGCCACAUUUUAUAUCCUACCCUCCUCAAUCUUAUUUUGUUAAGCUGAAUCAGCGAGCGUUUUAGGGUGAAUCGGAAAGGGUGGAUCAGUAUGACCUUUAUGCAGUCGCUAGAUUGUUCUUUCCACUUCUUAUGCAAAUGGACCCAAAGAAUAUCCGAAGCUUCUUCGUUUUCUUGGCCAGCAGGCGAAAGAAACCAAAACCUAAUGGACUCAAACUGGUUGUCGCCAACGAAAACCAGCCAAAUCGAGCGAACUUCGAAAUUACUCGCUUAGUUUUGCUAAGAAUAUCUUACGAAGCGGUUCACUUUGCUGUUCAACGAAUUGCACCAUGUUGAAAAUUGUAUAUUCAAUUCUGGCCUGUUUAGUGGUACUAGCCGCAGCAGUUCACGGCGCUAGUCAACAGAGUUUCGAUAGGGUGCCUACGACGUAUACAUUUGCCAAGCCCGAGGUAUAUUUUGUAACGUAUGGCGGUAACAGCAAGCAGGGCGCGUUAUCUCAGGCAAGAGAUAUUCCAGCAUUCCCAAAACCGAUUGUGUUCUGAACACGAGGAUGAGUAUAUAAAACACCAUUAUUAUAAAUAUUAAUAAAGAUAUUG